AUUGCUUGUAUUAUUAACGAAGUUCGUAGCGAAGUCCUUACUAAGUUUUUAUUUAUUAAGCGAAAUAAUUUUGAUACUAUGGCUUCUUCCCUUUUACGUUAUAUUUUAUUUUGGAAGUGUGUUCAAGAUAUUAAGUUCGAAUUUAUUAACGAUUUCGAAGUUAUUUUUCUAUUUAACGUUAUUAAGUAUUACUAUAUGGUCGAUGUAAAGUAUUAG